CACCCUCACCUGGACCACAGGGUACAGGUGAAAAAGACAAGCUCCGCCAGUUUCAAGGGAUAACCCAGAUGUGUGGGAAGUAUCUCCAGCCGGUUUCUUUUUUUUUUUUUUUUUCGAGAAGGGAGGGAGGAUCCCGGUCUGCGCGGCUCACUGAGUGAAAACAACCCACAGUAUCAACAAGUAGAGGACACAAAGUCCUUCUGAGGGACUUUUAUAUUCAUAUCCAUUAACCUCUGCGAACAAACGGGAUAAGUUCACCGUAACGGAGACACGGCACUUCUCUGUAAUGGAGCGGUACGAUAACUUUGAUUUGGACCUGGAGUGUGAUGGAGGAGCUGUCUCUCAAAAACCCCCAUUAUUCGGUGGGAUAUUCAAAAAAUCCUCCAAGUCUACAGAACCAUCUGCACAGGACAAUUUAUCAGUCAACGGUGAGCUGUCAAAGAGCAAUGACAGUCUGUCUGACAACACCAAGAAGAAAGGAUUUUUUAAAGGAAUGCCUAAAAAGACAACCAAAUCUGCCAAAGAGGAUCAGCCACAGAAGGAUUUGUCCGCACCCAGUAAGAUCUCAGGCAGCAACGACAACCUGUCUAUAAACAGCAACACUAAGGAGACCAGUGGGAUGUUCAGCGGUAUGUUUAAAAAAUCCCCAAAGCCUUAUGGAGCGAGAGGACAAUCUCAGGAGGAUUUGUCUGCACCGAAUGAUCUCUCUGGCAGCAAUGACAAUCUCUCUGAGAACCACGCAAAAGAGAAAGGAGGAAUCUUCACUGGCAUGUUCAGAAAAAAAGGUGCCAAAUCUCAGUCUCAGGAUGAUUUGUCUGUUGAUGAUGAACCCCUUGCUGGUAAUGACAGUGCUGUGAAGAAGUCUUCAAAAGGUGGCGUUGCAAAGAUCUUGAGGAAUCCCUUCACCUCCUCGUCGCAGGAUAAGGAAAAGACUGACCCCUCGAGAGACUCACAGGAGACUGUUUCUACCACAGAGAAGCCCAAAACCAAGCAGGAGAAGAGCUCCAACAGUGAUGAUGAGGAGACAAGCGACCACGGAGAUAACGAAUCCACUCACAAACAGAAUAAACUGGCUGGGGCAAUGACAAAGCUGAAUCCGUUUCGAUUUGCAAACAAGAAUGAAAAGCAGGCGGGCUUAGAUGAAGAAGAUCCAACUGUCAACAACGAGAAGUCAUCAGGCCAGAAGCAGGUCAAAAGUAACAUGAACCAGUACGAAAGAAGGGAAAGGAGUGCAGCUAUCCUGGUCCCAUCCAGACCAACUCAGGAGGAGAAGGUAACGUCCUCACAUGACAAAGUAAAACCAAGAAGAACUGAGGAUAAUAAUGAAGGCAAAGACAUGACCUCCAGAGAGAAGAAAGAAAAACCUGCAAAGCCUCCUGCAGUUCCUGCCCGACCAUCAGAAGAGGAGUUGAACAGAAUAAUUAGACACAGUCGACAAAAGCUGAAGAACCAACAGAGCCCAUCAGGUGAAGAGGGCAUAAAAGAAGAUGAAUCUGCUGUAGCCAAAGACGGCGAUGAUGAGAAGAACUCUCCAGAGGGUAAAACUGCUAAAGUGGAAAAACGCAAGCGUCACAAUCCAUUUAUGGCCCACUUACGUUCUGCAGACAAGGAUGGAUCUGAUGAUGAAGUGCUCAAAGUUGAUGACGAGUCUGCACCCAAAGAUGAAAAGAAUGAAGAGGAGGGCAAGGGAAAAACCGAGACUAAAGACAAGAAAACAAAGAGAAACAACCCAUUCAUGCAUUGGGCCAAGGCUGCAUCUGAUGAUGAAGGACUUAAAGAAGAUGAAGAGAAAAAUAAUGAAGUGGAGGACAUGGAAAGAACAGAGAACAAAGUCAAGAAACCAAAGAAACACAACCCAUUCAUGUCUCGGAUCAAGGCUGCAUCUGAUGAUGAAGGGCUGAAUGAAGAUGAGGAAUCUGCAUCUAAAGAGGAAAAGAAUGAAGACGUGAGCAAGGAAAAAACAGAGAUCAAAGUCAAGAUAAAAAAGAAGCACAACCCGUUCGUGCCUGGUGUAAAGGCUAAAGUUGUACAGAGACGUGCACAAGAAGCAGCCAAAGCAGAGAAUGAAGGUGAAAACAGGUCUGUGUUCGACCAGCUAGAGGACUACCGUAUUGGCCCUGCCUCAGCAGAAGAUAGUAAUGAUGUUGAUCUUAUGGAAUGGUGGGAAAAUGUGGAACAAUGGAAAGACACACCUCAACAUGGAGACAUGACUGAAAAAGAAGAGGCCAAGGCGUUUGCUUUGACCGCUGAGAAGCUGCAGAAGGGCAUCAGAGUCUUCAACAAACUCUUCACUGAGCGGGCAGAGAGCCUCUGGCAGCAUGUCAUCGACCUCAACGCCAUCGCCGAUGGGCUCGACAAGUUCAGCAAGAACACAAAGAUCGCUCAAAUCACUGGCGGCUCCACCAGCGCCGUUGGGGGCGUCGCCACUGUUGCUGGCCUCGCUCUGGCUCCGGUCACCAUGGGAACUUCCUUGAUUGUGACUGCAGUGGGACUGGGCAUUGCCGCGGCAGGCGGUCUGACAUCAGCAGGUGCUGGCAUCUCCAACCAGGUCAACAACACCAUGGACCGCAAAAAGGUGGAGAAGAUCGUGCAGGACUACCAGGAGAAGAUGGAAGACCUGAACAAGUGCCUGACGUUCAUCAAACAGGGUAUUGAGAACCUGCGCAGGUUUGACCUGAUCAAGAUGAAGAAUAGUGCAUACAAUCAGGACUUUCCUGCACUUACUAGCAGAUUCUAUGAAGAUGGCGCCAUGGCAGGAAAGGCGAUCCUCAUCAAUGCCAAUGAGAUCAUGCGUUUUGUCCAGAUUGCCCAUGUAGCAGGUAGCACCGCAGCCAGAGCGGUCCAGAUUGCUAGUAUGGCAACUGGCGUGCUCACUGGACUCUUUGUAGUUAUGGAUAUCUACUUUGUGUCCAAAGACUCCAAAGAACUCAAGAAAGGGGCAAAAUCAGAGUUUGCUGCCAAAAUCAGGGAGGUGGCGCAACAGCUGCACGAUGGUCUGGUGGAGCUGAACUCAAUACACCAAGAGCUGCAGUUCAACUCACCAGAAAAUCAUGCAGAGAAGACCACUGAAGAUCUGGAAAGUGAAAAGAAAGAGAAGGAUAGAAAAGAUUUGGACAGUGAAAAGAAAGAUGAUGACAGCUCAGAUGAAGAUGAAAUCGACCGCAUUAAAAAAGCCAUCAAAAAGGACCUUGAGAACCGAGAAUAUGUUUGACACAUAACUAGGAAGUACUUUCAGCUUUGCUUCCUUAGUCAGCUUAUUAGUCACAAGCAAAAGUUUUGUAUUUUACUAUCUAUGAAGUAUUUGAUUUUUAAAGAAAACUGCAAUCAGACGUAUUUUAAUUGUCCGAAAGGAGCCUUUUAUGAUGCCUUAGAAAUUCAGUGUAGCCUUAAUCAGCCUUAGUCGUAUUUUUGGUUCUCAGGGCUACACUGAUGCCUUGAUUGGUAUGUUUCAGAUAACAUCACAAAUGGUUUAUUCGUUUUGUAUAUUUUAAUGAAAAGCGCAAAUAAAAAGAAGGUAACUGGACCAUGUUUUACUGCAGUAGCUGUUUGGAACCCCUAGUUUGCUUACGUUUGUUUCAAACUAGUGAGUCUUUCCAUUCAAACGGGCUGCUCCAUUAAGCCUUCAGGAUUGACUUGGCUGCAGGCAGUGUUAACAGUGUUUUAAAGCACUAAAACCGCUUUAGAGCCCGAAGCUACUGACUGUGUACACAGGAACUUAAGAUCUAUAACAUCACUUCUAAAGCGAACAACUUUAGAGGGGGUGGUGUUAACUGCCUGUCCUUUUGUAAAUUGUGUUGCAGUUAUACAUAUAUUCAGAAUUGCAUUUAUUUCAGUUAGUAGCAGCUCUUCAUGUAUUUUAGUGCAGAUGGAAAACAUUUUAUUUAGUAUCCUGUUUUUGUUUUGUUUUUUUUAAUUUGUGGUUUUUUGUUUUCCUUCCCAGUUUACAUAAUUGUUAAAUAAUAUAUUUCAAAUCAUGUUUUCACACUAACUCUAAUAUUCACAAAACUAAACUAUCGUAAAGUUAAUGUGGUUGUGACUACGCUUCAAGGUUUUAACCAAGCUAAGUCUGAACUUAUGAACAUAACACUUAAACAGUAGCAGAAAAGGACAAAUAUGAAUGAAACCAUUUGGUUUGUAAUCAUUUUUUUCUCUUUGGUGAUUUCAUUUUGUCCAGGAGGGUAAAAAAGACCGAGUCAUUCUGUCCUGAGAAGAUUCGCUUUUAUUAUUUUUAUUAAUUCAGAGUCGAGGGUUGACGAGCUGCCUGUACUGUAAGCUCUCAUGGUGACAGCUCUGUGGUCUGUUUCAUAACAGUUGUAUUUAUUUAUUUAUUUUUUCAUAUUCUGUGCUGGCUGAAGUUGAUCAUUCAGUGAUGGUGUCUUUGUGCAAUAUUCUGUUCAAUAUGUGUAAUAAAUGUGAAAUUAAAGGUCAGAAACAAU